AUGAGCCGAUCUCUUACAAGUUGUCUUUCUCAGGCACUUGCCCUCUUUGCGAGCUGUCUCAGUGUAUCUGCAGCUCAAUCCUCCACUGCGAGCUUAUGGCCCCUUCAAUCCUACAAGAGCUCGUCGAUCCAGACACCCUUUAUGAACGUCACAAAGAUGGGCCAGACCGAGCCAGGAUAUCUCUUCCUCACACCCAAGGAUGUCAUCCGGGGUAACGGCUACCCAACAAUCUACUCUGAUGAUGGUCAAUUGGUAUGGCAAGGAUCCAGUGCAAACUACUCAGCUCUCCAGCCACAGAUGCUGGAUGGUGAACCCGUUAUUGCUCUUUGGACUGGAUAUGCCGGUAAAGGGUUCGGCUGGGGCCAUAUCAGCAUCUUGAACAGUUCGUACGACGAAAUCCACCGGGUCACUCUGAACUGCAAGGAACAGAACUUUGUCACAGGCUUGGAGCCAAUGGAAUUCGAUUCUUGUAUUGAUAUCCAUGAGAGCCAGUUCACCGACAACGGCACUAUCCUGGUGACUGCGGUCAAUGUUACGCAGGCUAAUUUGAGCUCAGUUGGUGGACCGAAAGAUGGUUGGAUUCAAGAUGGUCUUGUCUAUGAGAUUGAUAUUAAGACCAACGAGAUCGUGUUCCGCUGGAGUGCGCUUGAAAAUCUCGAUGAGGUUCCGCUGAGUGAUGUUUAUGCUCCACUUGGGGGUUCUGGUGUGAACAAGACGGAUCCUUAUGGAUACCCUCAUCUCAAUGCUGUCUAUAAGUAUGGGGAUGAUUAUCUGGUGUCCUCGCGGUAUAUGUGCAGCGUGUUCUUCAUUGCGCCCAACGGUACCCUGAACUGGCACCUCCAUGGCCGAACUGGCGGGGACUUCCAUCUUGGAAUCGGUGCUAGCUUCUGCUACCAGCACGAUGUUCGAUUCGAAUCGCAAACCCCCGAACGUGUUACAUUGAGUAUGCAUAACAAUGACAACACCGAUUUCACCGGAGCCACAUCUCUCACCACUGGCCUUGUACUCGAUGUCGAACUGCAAGGAUCCAAGAAGGUAACGGUCAAGAGCCGGGUGUGGGAUGCCGACGAGCCAGUAUAUGCCCAGUCUCAGGGUAGCUACCAGGUCCUCGGAAACGGACACACACUUCAAGAUCACGGUGCUACACCCAAGAUUGAGGAGUAUGACGAGAAUGGUCGAAUCGUGAUGCGUGCCCGGUUCGGAUAUGACAAUACCAUGCAGACCUACCGCGUAUACCGGUAUCCCUGGGUUGGUCGGCCGUCCACUAAGCCUAGUGUGGUUGCUUGUCCGUCUAGUAAGAGUAGGAAGACUGCUGUGUAUGUGAGCUGGAAUGGAGCCACUGAUGUGCAGUCGUGGAAGGUGCUUUCUGGUUCUCAGGUAAAGCACACUGCUGUACGGAACGGGUUUGAGACUACAAUCCUCGUGGAUGGCCUGUCACAAAAGGAUCAGGUUGUGGUUGAGGCUGUGGGUGGCGUUAUUGAUGGCGUGAGAUCUGAGUCUGUGACUAUUGGGCAGGGCUGCUAG